AUGGAAAACUUUAAAAAGCAUAAUGAGAAUUUGAGUGUAAACAACAGAGGGAAGAACAUUGGAGAGAAUUAUUUUCAACACAAAAUUGAUUUUGACAACGAAAUUAUAACUACCAGUAGAAAUCUAUAUCCUUAUUCAAAUUUUUAUGAGGUUCAUAGAGAUGAAUUCAAGAGUUUUAUUCAACAUAUUACUGGGAAUCAAUCCAAUUCACCAAAACCUCACACUAAGGUUACAAGGUUGCAGAAAAAUCGACCUCCACCUUUGUCCAUUGUGAGGCCACCAAUUUCAGUUCAGGUUCCGGAUCCAUUACCUCCUUCAACUGCUCCAUAUAACACAUUUCUAGGACAUCAUGUGCAGUCUUUUACUGGUCCUCCUCUAGUUAACAAUUUACAAAAUAAUCUUGACGAGUCUUCAAUUUCUGCUUUCAUGAGAAACUUUCAAGAGUCAAAUAUGAGCUUUGAUAAUUCAGAAGGUAACCAUUUUCAACCUUACCCUCAUCAACCACAAUUAUUCAACAAUAUAAAUGUUCAAUAUCAGCCAAUAACCCAAUCUCAAGAAUAUUAUUAUCCUAUGAAUGGUAGUGACCAACUAGUGACCGGUUCCUCCUCAACUCAAAAGGAUGUGUCUAAUCUUUCAGUUCCUUUUAAUCUUACCAAUCCAACUUUCCCUAUGAACGACAAUAACCAUAUUUUGAAUGGUUUCCCUUCCUCGCAAACAAAUGGCCUUCGAUCAAUAACUUCUGAAUUUUUGUUACCUUCACUAGAAAGUAACAUGGAUUUUCUAUCCCCUCAGUCACCUUAUAGCCCUCAACUAUCACCGAGCCUUUUCUCUUUGCUUUCAUCACCUGAAUACCCUUUCUAUCCAUAUCUUCAAAAUGGAAAUUUAUUCCCCGAUCCUCCAUCUCCACUUUCUUCAAGUAUUUUUCCUUCUUUUACAAAUUCUAAUAGGCCAGAUAAUCAAUAG